AUGCGUUUCUCUCUCGCUACUGCUGCCCUGGCCACCAUGGCCGUCGGUGUCGUCGCCGCCGAAGAACCCGUGCAGACCGUCGUUGUCACCGAGACCGCGACCUUCUGCCCCAAGAUCUCGACUCUGCCCGUCCCUGAGCAGACCACCGUCACUCAGCCCGCCCCGGUGUCCGCCACCAACGUUCGCUACAGCACCACUCGCCCUCUGAUCACCUCGACCGUCACCCGCUGCAGCAAGUGCGCCACCAAGACCCCCGUCCUCUCCGUCCCCAGCUCCGUCAACCCCGUCCCCGGCGUCCCCUCCAACGGCCCCAGCGGCGGCUCCGUCGUCAUCCCCUCCAGCAGCGCCGCUCCCUCCGUCCCCGUGAUCCCCAGCGGUCCCGCCCCCUCCGGCGUGGCUCCCUCGGGCGUGCCUUCGGGCGUCCUCCCCUCCGGCUCGGCCACCACCCCCGCCGCUCCCAUCUUCACCGGUGGUGCCUCGCGCGCUGCCGCCGGUGCCGGUGCCGGUCUGGCCACCGUCUUCGGUCUGGUCGCCUACUUGCUGUAG